GUGGAGGGGAGGUGUGUCGGUCACGUCUGCGUAUCGCGUCACGUUCAGUUCAGCACCACAACGGGUUGAACAGCGACACGCGGGAUGCCGGUGGACUGACCGACAUCCGCGGCCGGGGUUCGGUCGGCACCGGCUACGAGCGAGCAGCCGCAGCAUCCGAUGCCUGACGCCCGACCUGCGGCAUUCCGUGACAUGCCCGCCCGGGCGAAGGGUGGGGAAGCUCCGGGCAGGAGGGGAGCAAAAGCGUCGACCCCCUGAGAGGCACUCCAGGCGGUGAACGCUGCCCGGAUCGGGUGGCGGUGGCCCCGGCGGCGGUGGCCGGUCGUCAUGGGCUGCGUCCAGAGCAUCGCCUGCAACAAGUCGCGCGUCCGCAGGGAGAACGUGGUUGUGUGCGAGCUGGCGGCCACCAUCGACCACCGCCCCACGGCCGUGGAGGAGGACUCGGCCAUCGUGCUGCGCUACAAAACACCCUAUUUCAAAGCGUCGGCCCGGGUUGUCAUGCCACCCAUCCCGCGCAACGAGACCUGGGUGGUGGGCUGGAUCCAGGCGUGCACCCACAUGGAGUUCUACAACACCUACGGAGACGUCGGCAUGUCAAGUUGGGAACUGCCCGAGCUGCGCCAAGGCCUGGUCCGGGCCAUCAGCGACUCGGACGGUGUUAGCUACCCGUGGUACGGCAACACCACGGAGACGGUCACCAUCGUGGGCCCCACCUCCAAGCCGUCACACUUCACCGUCAGCAUGAAUGACAACUUCUACCCCAGCGUCACCUGGGCCGUGCCGGUGAGCCGAUCGGACCAGCCCGCGCUGACCGACAUCAAGCGUGACCAGAGCUUCACCACCUGGCUGGUGGCGCUCAACGCCAACUCCAAGGAGAAAAUCCUGCUCCGUGCCAUCAAGUGGCGCAUGAGGGUGGACAUCGCCGUGGACCCGACCCGGCCUCUGGGCUCCAGGGCGCGGCUGGUGGGCAGGGUCCACCAGGAGCAGCCGCGGGUGCUGACCCGCGUGGAGCCCAUCCCGGCCAACGCCAUGGGGAGGCCCAACGCCAACGAUGCACAAGUGCUCAUGUGGAGGCCCACCAGGGGACCUCCGCUUAUCGUCAUACCGCCCAAGUAGAGCUCGGUACAGAAGGCCCGUUUCGGGCCAAGACUAAUCAAGCUUAUCAUACGUAAGCCUUAAAGAUACUCGUGGAGAGCACAAAUGCGUCAAUCACGCAAAGUUUUGAUAAGUGCUUUUCAAUGUGUGGAGGCUUGUGUCUUUUCUACAAUGGAGUCAGAUUGCUGCUUAUAGUUACACAAGACUGCCUCAAACGUCGCUCCAAGGACCCGGCCGGUGUCGACAUUUUCAUUGAUUUCAAAUUAAAGUGACUGGAUGGUAGCAUUACAAUGUGUUGAAGGGCAUCAAACCUCUCCUCUAUGAUUGUCCGGCAUUAGCAUGCAGUGUUUUGGAACUCAUUAAAACAAAUACCAAAAA